UUCUUUCUUUUUCUCUUCGCCGUUUGGAAAGGAAAAAAAAAUGCAGGAAAGAAGCCUUGGUUGUUUUCGUUGUUUUUGGGAAGAACUUCUAAUGAAGGAUAGUUUCGAAUAGGAGAGGAGAAGAGGAGACCGAUUGUGAGGGAAAGGAGCUUGCUUGAAGAUGGGUAUGAUUUGGAGAGAAUUCGGCUGUCGCAGGAGUUUGUUAACACUGCAAAUAGAUGGUUUGAUGGGUCGAUCAGCAAUGAAGUAUUCUCAGUUAGCAGUGUUUUAACAUACUCUCGUGAAGCCGUCUGACCCAGGGGAAAUUAAAACACCAAAUUGUUAUCAACAUCAUAUAUAUAUAUAUAUAUACACGAAAGCAUAUUGGCAUAUGAAAGAUUUUUCAAGGUUUUCUGUGUUCCAAGGCGGUGUUUUUGCGAUGACGGUGUUCUGUUUUCAAGCUUCCUACCAGAGUUUCCACUUUUAUAAGAUGUUUGUUCAUCCGUGGAAGGGCAUCAUUGCCAAUAUUCCAACAACAUUGCAAGAUAGAAAACAUGUAGGGGAAAGUGGAAGGAAAUUAAGGGAGGAUUUGGCAAAAGGUUCUGUAAUGACUCGAAAGUCAAGUGGAGUUGGAAAUGGCAGUUUCAGAAUGCUAUUUUCCGAUGAUAGAAUUAGCGAAUAUUAUUUAUUAAUAUUUACGAAGGUAUUACAGUAUUAUAUUUAGAUUUGAUCUAAUAAAUUUAAUUGUUUGUAAAGUUAUAUAAGGUACAAGUGUAUCGGUUCUAAAGUCGAUAGUUUUGAAAAUUGAGAUAUCGGGACCUUGUUUCUGUAAAGCAUACUCGUAAAUAUUUAUAUUAGAUGCGAAUCAAAUUUUGGUUAAGAAA